AAUAGCUAGAGAGAUGGAUACUGUUUUUUCGAUGAAUAGGUGGAUGAUGGAUGGAUAAAUAGGUGGAUUUUGUUGCGCUUCUCGAUAGCUAGUGAGUAUAGAUGGAUGAAUAUAGAUAAUUUACUUGAUGGAUGGAUAAAGGGGUGUUGUUAUUUAAUAGCUAGAAAAAUGGAUAGAGUUUUUCUGAUGGAUGGAUGGAUAAAAAGAUGGAUGGAUUUAUCAGUGGAUGAAUAUGGGUAAUUUCCUUGAUGGACAAAUGGAUGGAUACUGUUGCUAUUCAAUAACUUGAGAGAUUUUUUUUUUCAGUGAAUGUAUGGAUGGAUGGAUAAAUGAUUAUACAGUAGGUAAACAAUUCAGCUAUCGGAUUUUACUUUGGAAACCGAAAUUGAGGCGCCUGGAGCUGUGAGUCAGAAUUGUACUCUAAUUGUACAUAGUUGGAAAGAUUUUUUUUGGAACAAUUGGUCAUAGGGUAUACAUAGAGCAAAACAAAAUACCAGAACUGGCUGUAAUUGUGGUUAAGUAAAUAGCACUCCUCUGAGUCAGAGCGUAACAUCUACGAUCCAAAUCCACACCCACACCAGACCCUUUUGCAUUCUGGCACCACCUUUGUUUGCGCUUCGAAACGAACCAAGCUGCCACACAAUGUUUUUCUAACAUCAUGGAUGAAAACACAGCCAAACCUGUGGAUCUGAGCUCUGCUGCAGACUUAGAUGUUUGCACCGAAAGGAAGCGUAAAGCGACAUCGUUUUGUGAAGACCAUAAAGACCAGCAUGGCGUUCUGGAGAAAAGACAAAAGAUGAUGACAGCUACGAAAAGCCUCAAAAGGAGCCUUUGCCCCCGGCAUGGCAAACUCAUGGAGCUUUUCUGCCGCAAAGACCAGCAGUGCAUAUGCAACCUGUGUCUUACCUAUAAACACAACAAUCACGAUGUCGUCUUGAUUAAGGAUGAGGUGCCUGAGAAGAAGAUCAAGCUGGAGAAAAUGCAAAUGCAGACAACCAAGUUGAUUCAGACCCGUGAGAAACAGGAGCAAGCUUUAAAACGAGCUAUUCAUUCGUUCGAGACAUCAGCAGUGCGAGCGGUGAAAGAGAACGACAAGAGCUUUACCGAACUGAUUCGCUCCAUUGAUAAGAAGCAGCGUGCAGUAAAGGAGCUGAUCACGGCUCAGGAGGAGGCUGUCUUGAAGCAAGUCAAUGCACUUUCUGAGAGAAUGGAGCGGGAGAUCAGUGAUCUGAAGAGCAUCGAUGCUAAACUACAGCUCCGGCUCUCUCAAGCAGACAAUGACAUUGGUUUUCUGCAAACUGCUUCUAUUCCCCACCUUCCAAAGUCCAUCCAGAUCCCAGCUCUAGUGGUCCAUCCAUCCGGUCCAUUUCAGCUUAUAACUAAUGAUGCCUCAAAUUUAAUCAAACAACUACGCUUACUCUGCCAGUGGCGAUUUAUGACUAUCUCUGAAAGAGUAAAAAACACUGGUAUCAUAUCCACACCUCUACCACAGACAUACCAGGAGCUCUUAAAAUAUGCCUUCAAACUUACUCUGGAUACAAAUACGGUACAUGACCUCCUCAAACUGAGUAACUUAAACAAGGAACUUACUGCUGUCGAAAAGCCGGAGUGCCGUCCCUCCCACCGGGACAGAUUCGAAAGGCGGCUGCAGGUCUUAUGCCGAGAAGGUCUGCGCGGUGCACCGCAUUACUGGGAGGUCGAGUGCGGUAUGAAAGGGUCAUGGGUUAUUAUCGCAGUCUCGUACAAAGGGAUAACAAGGAAAGGAAAAAAGGCACCUUUGUUUGGCAGGUGCAAAAAUUCGUGGGCCUUGCGCAACUACGGGGGUAUAUACGAAUUCUGGCACGACGAUAAGUGCCUGAAAACCCACAAGGACAGCUCUUUGGAUUGUUCUAAAAUAGGGAUUUUUCUGGAUCAUGGAGCAGGGGUUUUGGCCUUUUAUAAUGUCUCGGGGAACGUCUUCAGCAGGAUCUUCAAGGUCCAGACACAUUUUGAAGAGCCUGUAUAUGCUGGUUUCGGGCUGGUAGGGAUAGGAUCUCGAAUUCAACUCUGUGAUUUAUAAGAAAGAAAAUGCCCUUGCACCUGAAGUAGUUUUUGGCAAAACAACAUGGCACACUAAACCAUCACAGUUUUUUUUUGCAUCAUUCAAUUUUGCCAUAUUGUUUUGCACUGAACAUCUGGAAUACAAAGUUUUUAAGCCUUUCCAUGCCUCCUGAGUAUGGCUUUUGAACAGUGAUUGCAUUUCAGCUACAACGCACUAAUGACUUCCUUGCAUGUCUGACAGAAAUUCAGUGUAUAAUCUUUUCCUUUUUUAAAUAAAGACACCUAGCAUAAAAACAAAAUUGUCUUUAUCUUUGUCUAACACUCUGGUAACGAAUAUUUUAAAGUGAGUUGAGAAUGUUCUAUAUGCUAAUCAUUGUAUAGGUUAUUUAGAAGUGCAAAUAUGAGAAAUUUAUGCUUUACAAUCUAUUUCAUUGUAUGUUGUUUUCACUGAUUUUUAAGAAUGAAGCUGUUAUGUUGGUAAUUCAUCAAUGCAGUAAAAGCCAUUUGUUAUUGUAAUAAACU